GCCAGCAGUGAUUGGGUCAUGGAAAGCAUGAGUAAAGGUACCGAUAGUUAUGGUGUUACCACUGGAUUUGGUGCCACCUCCCAUAGAAGAACCAAGCAAGGUGGAGCCCUUCAAAAGGAGCUCAUCCGAUUUUUGAAUGCUGGGAUCUUUGGGAAUGGAGCUGAGUCGAGUCACACUUUGCCUCACUCGGCCACGAGAGCAGCCAUGUUGGUGAGAAUCAACACUCUCCUUCAAGGAUAUUCAGGUAUCAGAUUUGAGAUUUUGGAGGCUAUCGCUAAUCUUCUCAACCACAACGUCACUCCAUGUUUGCCAUUGCGAGGGACAAUUACGGCAUCUGGGGAUCUUGUCCCUUUGUCAUAUAUUGCUGGCCUACUAACGGGUCGUCAUAAUUCGAAAGCCACCGGACCCAACGGUGAAAUCCUUGAUCCUGAAGCUGCUUUUAAACAAGCAUGCAUUCCAUCCGGUUUCUUUGAGUUGCAGCCUAAAGAAGGUCUCGCUCUUGUCAAUGGUACUGCCGUUGGUUCUGGGUUGGCUUCCAUCGUUCUCUUUGAAGCAAAUAUUUUGGCUGUUUUGUCGGAAAUUCUAUCGGCCAUUUUUGCCGAAGUCAUGCAGGGAAAGCCAGAAUUUACUGAUCAUUUGACCCAUAAAUUGAAGCACCAUCCUGGGCAAAUCGAAGCGGCUGCAAUCAUGGAACACAUUUUGGAUGGAAGCUCUUAUAUGAAAGCAGCAAAGAAACUGCAUGAGAUUGAUCCCCUCCAAAAGCCUAAACAAGAUCGUUACGCUCUUAGAACUUCACCCCAAUGGCUCGGUCCCUUGAUUGAAGUUAUUCGUUUCUCCACAAAGUCUAUCGAGCGAGAGAUAAAUUCAGUAAAUGAUAACCCAUUGAUUGAUGUUUCGAGAAACAAGGCACUGCAUGGAGGCAACUUCCAAGGAACACCAAUUGGAGUUUCCAUGGACAACACUCGUUUGGCCGUUGCAUCAAUUGGAAAACUCAUGUUUGCCCAAUUUUCAGAACUUGUCAAUGAUUUCUACAAUAAUGGUUUGCCUUCUAAUCUUUCUGCAAGCAGAAACCCGAGCUUGGAUUAUGGGUUCAAAGGUGCUGAAAUUGCCAUGGCUUCAUACUGCUCUGAGCUUCAAUAUCUUGCAAAUCCGGUGACAAGUCAUGUCCAAAGUGCCGAGCAACACAACCAAGAUGUUAACUCUCUUGGUCUAAUCUCUUCGAGGAAAACAGCUGAAGCUAUUGACAUUUUGAAACUCAUGUCUUCUACAUUUUUGGUUGCACUCUGCCAAGCAAUUGACUUGAGGCAUUUGGAGGAAAAUAUGAAGAGCACUGUGAAAAGCACUGUAAGCCAGGUAGCCAAGAAAGUGUUGACCACAUCCUCUAAUGGCGCACUUCACCCAUCAAGAUUUUGUGAGAAAGAUCUACUCAAAGUCGUUGAUAGAGAAUACACAUUUGCAUACAUCGACGAUCCAUGCAGUGCUACUUACCCAUUGAUGCAAAAACUUAGACAAGUUCUUGUCGAACGUGCACUCAACAAUGGUGAUGGUGAAAAUAGCACAAACACUUCCAUCUUUCAAAAGAUUGGUGCUUUCGAAGAGGAGUUAAAGACAGUUCUACCCAAGGAAGUUGAAAAUGCAAGGUUGGCAUACGAGAGUGGAAAUUCUAAAAUUGAAAAUCAAAUUAAGGAUUGCAGAUCUUAUCCAUUAUAUAGAUUUGUGAGGGAAGAGUUGGGAACAAGUUUGCUAACCGGAGAAAAAGUGAUAUCUCCAGGAGAAGAGUGCGAGAAGGUAUUCACAGCUUUGUGUGAAGGAAAGAUGAUCGAUUCCAUCCUCGACUGCUUGAAAGAAUGGAAUGGUGCUCCUAUUCGUAUUUGCUAAUGCUCUUUUCUUUACUUCAAUCGAAGUGGACCAUAUAUGGCUGGAAAUUUGAUUAAGAAUACACGAUAACAAUUGUAUUUUGCUAUUAGUUUUUUAAAUCAUUGUUCAUCUUCAUUGAUUUCAUUUGAUCAACGAGGAGUCAACAAAAAAUAAGAUGUUGUAGUAACUUGAGCCUGAGCUCUCCUAAAGUAUAUAUUGGUUUGUUCCAGUA